AUGGCGAAGCGGGUUGAGGGCUCGGCCCCCGUCAAGGACCGCAUCCACUGGCAGCAGGUGGCCGCCGCCACGAUCGCUAACCUGAGCACGCUGUGCGUGGGCUGCGCCAUGGGCUGGACAGCGCCGGUGCUGCCCGAGCUGGAGCGCCUGCUGGAGCAGCCGGGCGCCGGGCUGGUGGAGGGCGAGCCGCUGAGCGCGGCGCAGGGCGCCUGGGUGGGCGCGCUGCUGCCGCUGGGUGCGCUCGCCGGCUCGCUGCCCGCCGGAUUCCUCACGCACCGCUACGGCCGACGCCUGCCGCUGCUAGCCUUCGGGGCGCUGCUCUGCGUCGGAUGGCUGCUGCUGCUCUUCCACGAGUGGGUUUCGUUGCUGAUGGUCGGCCGGCUGGUGUGCGGCCUGGCGUCGGCCGGCGUGACGACCAUCGCGCCGCUGUACGCCGAGGAGGUGGCGGCGCUGGAGGUGCGCGGCGCGCUGGGCACGCUGCUGGACCUGAUGCUGGCCGCCGGCCUGCUGGUGGUGUACGGGCUGGGCAUCGUGCUGCCGGUGCGCUGGCUCACCGCCGCCAUGGCCGCGCUGCCGCUCUGCUUCUGCGUCGCCUUCUUCACGAUGCCGGAGUCCCCCGAGUACCUGCGCGGCCGCGGCAAGCACGACGAGGCCCAGAGGGCGGCCGCCUGGCUGCGGCUGGACCACGGCUCUGCCGAGCUGGUGCCCGAAGCAGGGACGUCCAUCUCCCCGCAGCUGUCGAUGGUGAUAACGGGUGCCAUCCAGUUCGUGGCGACCGGAUUCUCGUCGGUGCUGGUGGAGAACGCGGGUCGUCGCCCGCUGAUGAUCAGCUCCGGGCUGCUGAUGACGUUCUCGCACUUGACGCUGGCGGUGCACCAGGGCUGGCCGUGGCUGCAGCUCGCGGCCGGCUGGCUGCCGCUCGUGGCCAUCAACCUCUUCCUCAUCGGCUUCGCCGUGGGGCUGGGCCCGCUGUCGUGGCUGCUGAUCGCCGAGCUGCUGCCGCCCGGAGACAAGCGCUGGGCCGUCGGCGCCGCCACCUCCGUCAGCUGGCUCGCCUGCGCCCUCAUGACCGGCUUCUUCGACGAGUUCGUCCGCCUCUUCGGCACGUCGGCCGCCUACUGGGUGCUGGGCUGCAUCUGCGCCGCCUACACAGUCUUCGUCACGGCGCUACUCCCGGAGACGCGCGGCCUCACGGGCCACCAAAUACAGUGCCACCUGUCGAGGCAGGGCGGCACCUCCUGCUGCAUAAGUUCCGGCAGCUGCGACAACGUGCAGGAGACCGACCAAACGUCAGGGCAUGUCUAG